AUGUCCCUCCCUCCUCCUCAUCAAGCUAUCGUUGAUGCCCUGAUCAAAGACCUCCUGCAAGCCAACCCCGACGACCCUAUUCAGUACUGUGCGAAUUACUUCUGCCGCAAGCUCGAACUCGAGCGGGCCUCCGAGAGAAAAGCAGCCAAGCCAGCCACCGCCGCAAAAGCGAACAUGACAGACACCGCAGGCCCUUUCGACAACCGCAAUCCCUUUGGAGCGAAGAACGUCAAUAGCAUAGAAGAGGAGGAUGAAGAACGCGAUAAUUUCGGCUCGCCGACUGAUCCCACCUUCAAGUCUCGAGGCUCAGAACGCUCUCCCUUUGGCGGUUCGGGUUUCGGCGCCGUAGCUGGUGCUACCGCUAGUGAUGGGCCGUUUGGAAACUGGCUGGGUGGUCAAGGGAGCCCUUCGACAGAGUCAGAGACACCAGCUCAACCUCUGCCAAACAACUAUGCAAGUUCUCGCCGGACUUCGGUCUCUGCCGAGUCUAUGCAACCGGACGCCAACUCGGGCAACUGGAAGGCUCCCAAACAUACGAAGGCUCCUGACCAGCUGGACAGACUCAGGCACGCCGUAGCCGGCAAUUUCUUGUUCUCGAGUCUAGAUGAAGAGUCAUUCCAGCUGGUGCUGGACGCCCUCAUGGAGAAGUCCAUUCCUGCCGCCAACAUCAAAGUCAUCACUCAGGGCGAUGAAGGUGACUACUUCUACAUCGUCGAAUCGGGUGACUUCGACAUCUACAUCAAUCCCAGUGGUUACGUCGAGUCGGGACCCGAGGGCUUGGGCAACAAAGUCGGCACGAUUGGUCCUGGUGGCAGCUUCGGUGAAUUGGCCUUGAUGUACAACGCUCCCCGAGCGGCCACUAUCGUCAGUGCAUCCAAAGGCGGGCUGCUCUGGGCCCUGGAUCGUGUCACGUUCCGCAGAAUCUUGAUGGACAACGCCUUUCAAAAACGCAAGAUGUACGAAAGCUUCCUGGAAGAAGUGCCGCUUCUAUCCUCCCUGAAGCCAUAUGAACGAGCCAAGAUUGCCGAUGCACUUGAGACUUCCAAGUUCGAAGCCGGCACAAACAUCAUUACUGAAGGAGAACCCGGGGACUCGUUUUAUCUUCUGGAAUCGGGCGAGGCUGUUGCAUACAAGCAUGGCGUUGAUAAGCCGGUCAAAGAGUAUAAGAGGGGGGAUUUCUUUGGUGAGCUGGCCUUGCUCGAUGACAAGCCUCGUGCCGCGAGCGUGGUGGCGAAGACCAAUGUGAAAGUGGCCAGGCUGGGCCGGGACGGAUUCAAGCGGCUCUUAGGGCCGGUGGAGAGUAUCAUGAGACGCGAGGAGUAUGACGCUGGAGAGUCACUGGAUCCUCUGAGCCAGCACAGGACGGUGACCUAA